AUGGAGGCUGCUCUCGUCGAUCCGGUACACCAACUUCGUACUGAUGAAGAACCUAUUGAGCAGACGCGCGUCCCGGACCUGACAACAAGCCCGUGCAGCCCGCGCUCUGCUUCAUUCACCCAUCAGGUGCACUCGGGCGGCGGUUUCCUCUACGAUGCGUUGAGACUCCGUUCCGCGGACUUGAGUCGGCCACUGAGUGAGUUCUGGAGCAGAGCGAGUACGGAUUUCAAGUGGACGAUUUGCGAACUGUUAGAGUUGGUUGUGCUCGCCGCGCAUCCAGUGACGCUUGCCGAAGAGCCAAGCUGCCGCUCGGAGAUUCUUCAACUGUUGGCCGAUAGCGUCAUCGAGGGCCCCGAUCGGGUAGCUACCCCCGAGAACGCCAAAGUACUCGUGGAUGCCCUUAGUACGGCGAUCUUGCCGCGCAUUUCGGAGAGCGAACUCGGACGUGCAGCUCUCAUCCCACCGCUAAGUGCAACAACGCGGGAUGCUCGUCGCUUUACGCAAAAAUAUGAGACCUGUUUCCAGCAGCUUGUGCAGACUUGCCCAGAGUCCGUCUGGAUGGACUCCGAUUUGAUCGAUGCCUGGGUCUCAUGGCUGGCCUACCUGACAGAGAGUCGUCUGCGAGCGGUGCGGCUCGCCGCGGUCGUUGCAGCGCUCCAUACGGUGGACGGGUUGCUCGCUGUAGAACGAGCGCUACAGGAUCAGGCUGCUGCCGUGCAACGGAAUGUCGUGCGGAAUCGAUCAGCACUCGAGAAAAUCCGGCUCCAAACCAGUGACACGCAGGAUCUGGUGAAGCACCUUGUUCAGACGGUAUUUGCAAAGCGCUACCGUGACGUUUUCGCUGACAUCCGCUUCCAUUGCAUUAGCGCCCUGGGCCGCUGGAUUCGCUCCGCUCCUGCUCGAUUUCUUGAAGAUCGCUUUCUCAAGUAUCUCGGAUGGAUGAUUUACGACAAGGACAGCAAGGUUCGGCACGCUGCCUUGGAUGCUAUCUUACAGCUCGUAUCCAAUCCGAAUUAUGUGGUACCGAUGCAGGCGUUUUUGCAACGUUUUCGUGUGCGACUCGUAGAAAUGACUCGCGACCGCGAGGAGCAGAUUGCAAUUCAAGCCAUUCGACUCGCACAGACGCUGCUCCCUGCGGACUGGCUGGGCAAGGCCGAGCUCGAAGGCGUACUAGACCUCAUUACCGAGGAUCCGAGAGCACCCGUCCGAGCUGCUGCUGGCGCUCUCUCCAUCACCUACAUAGAGCUCGCCAAUAGCGCCUAUAUUCAGCGAUUCGGGGUAGAACAUGCCCCCAAAGCGAUGCUACGAGAAAUCGUUUUUCUAAUCUUGACGGCAAAUCAAAACUCCUACACACGAGUCUGUGAGGCGCUCUGGCACGAUGCAGCCAUCACGGCGCUCUGCACCUGGAACGCAUACGUGGAACUACUGGAGGAAGGAGAACCAGAUGAUGGGUCGGAGCCGUUGACCGAUGCUGACCGGCUGGCGCUGAUUCGUCUCUGGGUCGCUGUGGCGGAGCGCGUCCAGUGCCUGGAAGAGUCCAGCGCGCGGUGUUCAACGAAUCCAGAGGGGACCUUCCAGCCUGCUGUCGCAAGCACGCUCCUGAUUGCAGCAUGUCGCGAAGCGCUUCCGCGCCUCAUGCGCAGGUUCCAGUCAGAUCCGGCGCUUGUUGCCGCCCUCGCACAGCUUGUUCGGCUCUGCAGUGACGCUUUCCACGCUCAUGAAGAGGUCAUCGAGCCGCUCCUUAUGGACGCGUUCCACCGUCAUGCCCAGAGCCUAGAAGCGAUGCGGGCGAUCGUUCGGGCGCUCUACGCGCUCGAGAACAGGACGGAAAACGACAGCGACAGCAUCCCUAUCCGGUUGCAGGAACUCCUCAGUACAUGCUGCAUGCACACUUUAGACGUGUGCACAGAAACUCGCUGCAACCAGUUGCUCGCCGCGCUCGAGUGGAUAUCGCCGAAAGACUCCGCUUCGAUGGAUGGCCUGCGACGGGUCCUCUACAUCGUCUUGGCCCAGCGCCAAGCUGGGUCAGCGAAAAUUCCCGCCACCGUGGCGUCGCUCGUUUGUCGAAUUCUUUUUCUCGAUGUAUUGUGGCAUGCGAGCUAUUCAAACGACGCCUCCGCUGACAAUGAACCGCAAUCGGCAUAUGAGCAUUGGGAUCUAGCGUUUCGAUCAAUAUGGCAUGUUGCGCAGCAUGACGAGGACGCCCAAAUCGUGACGACCGGCCUCGAAGUGCUGCUUUCACUGUGGAGCAUCGCGUUCGGGCGCGGCUGGGCAUUCGGCAUGGAAACCGAAGAGACACUCAGCAUCAGUGUUCGCGACCUGUUCCGGGAUCUGCUUCGCGCACGCGCUGUCUGCGAUAAUGCCGUGCUUGCGCUUUGCCAACGCAUCCUAAUUGGACCAGCCUCAGUGGCCAUGGAAGCCAUUCCUCUCCUUUUCCUCCAGCCCCGGUCGACUGGCAACGACAUUCUCGCGGUCGCGGCACGCUGGGUGCAUCAGCGCAUCCGCGAGCGUCGCACGCUGAGCCAGCGGGUUGCGGUGGAGCUCGCUGCGCUCCAGAUGUCGUUUGAUGUAGACGGCCACGAUGGCGCUCGCCGGGUGGCAAGCGCAUUGUCCGCUCGAUACGCUUUCGCUACAUCCGGCGACGGUGUGGAGGCAUUGCUUGAUGCCGUCAUCGACGCGGCGCUCGGCUUCCGUGCUGAUAUUCCAGCGAAUCCAGCGCUCGCCGAAGCUGCCGGGAUGGCUCUCACGAGCCGUCUGAAACCGGAGGUUUGUGUCGGAGCGGCAACCCGUUUGUAUAGUCGCCUGGAAGCUCGUGGCGUUGAUAUCUCCAGCCCAGACGAAUCAGACUGGUGGUAUCCGCUCUGGCGCCUGUACCGGGCACUGUUGCGCGAUACGCGCGCUGAAACCGACCAGAAUGUGGAUUCGGCGUCUGUGACGGGCACUGGGACACCGCAGGCACCGACUGCAAACGCUGCAGCAUAG